AUGAAACCCCCAUUAGUACAUCGUUUAGCUGUUAUUGUUCCAUAUCGUAAUCGUUCAAAUGAAUUAGAAAUAUUUUUAUCUCAUAUGAAUUCAUUUCUUAACUCUCAAUCUGUUGAUCAUAUUUUUAUAAUUAUAAAUCAAGUUGAUAAACAUCGAUUUAAUCGUGCUGCUCUAAUUAAUAUUGGUUUUAUUGAAUCUCGAUCAUUCGUUGAUUACAUUGUUAUGCAUGAUAUUGAUCUACUUCCAUUAAAUCAUAAAGGAUUACCAUAUAAAUAUCCAGAGUAUGGUCCAAUACAUUUAGCAUCACCAGAAUAUCAUCCAAUUUAUCAUUAUCCUAGUUAUGUUGGUGGAAUAUUGAUCAUUACUUGUCAAGAUUUUGAACGUGUUAAUGGUAUGUCACCGUUAUAUUGGGGAUGGGGUAGAGAAGAUGAUAACUUUUAUGUGAGAAUGAAACGUGCUGGAAUGAAAAUAUAUCGUCCAAGUAAUUUAUCUACAAAUAAUACUAAUACAUUUCAACAUAUCCAUGAUAAUAGUAUACAUAAACGAGAUUAUGCAAAAUAUGGAAAACAAAAAGAAGAAGGAAAAAGAAUUUAUCCUGAACUAGGUUUUAAUACAACGAAGUAUGAAAUAAUAAAUAAAGAAAUAAAAAAGACUAAUCAGGGAAUUGAAUAUAUUAUGUUAGAUGUUAAAAUUGAAUGUGAUUAUAAUCUAACAUCUUGGUGCGAUCAUCCUACUAAUAUUUUGAAAUAA